ACACAGGACCUUCGGGAGUCACGUUCGAACCCCUUCCCUUGUCCGAGCGAAAUGUGAUCGUGUUUUCUGGUGUUCGGCUUCGAAACCUGGGUCGUACAGAUGUUCAUUUGCGCCAGGAGUGUGCCUCGGAGACUCACAUGUGAUGGAGAGAGAGUGUUCUGAAUAAGUUUGGUGUUUUUUAAUCGAUUGGCGGAGAGGAAUUGAUCACGAGCGAGUGUAAAAACGUGUACAGCAUGGCGACCGCGUGAAGCUGACGGUGGCUCCCCUGCACCUCGUACGUGAUUCCAGCCACACCCCUCGCCCUCACCUCCCUCCACCAUUCCCCACCACCACCACACACGCAGGAUGUCGGACUCCGAGGACGAGGCAGUGGAGCGGCAGGUCAAGGUCGCCCUCGUAGGUCCUCCUCAGGUUGGCAAGACGUCGCUGGCUAUGAGGUACACCCAAGACACGGUCAACAAGGGCUAUCAGGCGUCGAUGGGGGUAGACUUUUACUUAAAACGCCUCAUACUCGGGAGUGAGAGGAACGUCAAUGUCCAAAUAUGGGAUGUCGCUGGUUCGUCGCUGGCUGGCAAGAUGACUGACAAGUACCUCUACGGCGCCCACGCGAUCAUGAUGGUGUACGACGUGACAGUGAGCCACACCCUCGACUCCCUCCAGGACUGGGUCGCCGCCGCCCGCAGAGCAGGCCGGGCGCAGGAGAGGCCACCCAUCCUCGCCCUCGUGGCCAACAAGGCGGACCUCGAGCAUACGCGACAGGUGAAGAGCGAGAGACACCACAGGUUCGCCAGCGACUACGGUAUGGUGUCCUAUGUUGUGUCGGCGAAAACGGGCGAAGGGGUGGCUCUUGCAUUUCAGAAGGUCGUCGCGGAGCUCCUCGGCGUGCGUCUGACGAAGGCCGAGCAGGAGCAGCAGCAGCCUGUGGUCACAGCCGAGAUCGUUACUUACCAAGAAGGAGCGAUUCCAAAAAUUCCCGUUCCUGCCACCAAUUCCACUUCUACCGUGUGUAGUGUCAUGUAGUGCCCUAGAUAUCGUUUAUAUUUUUGUUCUUAAAUCUCUGAUAUGUACUGAAUAAUUUUUUGUUUAUAGUUAUGAAUCUGACCGUCGUUAUGGAUGGUUUUGAGAACGAGUCAGAUUUGGAAAAAACAAAAAUGAUCGCGUUUUCUGUGAUCCCUUUGUUGGUAGACCAUGGAAUUCGUUAAGGGGCGGUCACACUAGUCUUGUCUAUCCGGGGAUCCCAUUACAAGUCGGGAUACCCGGCCAUGCGCGUUCAAUGUGACCGCUACUUUAAUGGUUGCUUGCAUUUAGGGAAACACUUGGGCAUUCUCUUGCUUUUUAUUUGCCUGGCUCUGUUUUCUCUCUCUCUCUGUCUCUGCCUCUCUCUCCUAACCCCCCUCCCUUUUUUUUCUCUCUCUCUCUCCCUCUU